CCGGAAGCAGGAAAUUCCGUCACUAAGUGGGAAAUUCAAAUUUUGGCAACAAGCAGUCCUAGUUAUUUUAGUUUUACGAAGCAUAUGUCUCCCGUAGCUAACGCUUGUCGCGGAAGUUUAAGAUAAUAUUAAGGUCGACGGAGAGAUGCCCACCAUAGAGAAUGCAGCGGAGCUCCUCAAGUACUAUGAGGUGUACGAGACUAUCGGCUCAGGAGGCUUUGCUAAAGUCAAACUGGGCCGUCACAUUUUGACGGGGGAAAAAGUGGCCAUCAAGAUCAUGGACAAAAAAGACUUGGGGGAGGACCUCCCUCGUGUCAAGGUGGAGAUAGAGGCCAUGAAGAACCUCAGUCACCAGCACGUCUGCCGUCUCUUCCACGUCAUUGAGACUUCCACCAGGAUCUACAUGGUGCUCGAGUACUGUCCUGGCGGGGAGCUGUUUGACUACAUCAUCGCUAAGGACCGCUUGUCAGAGGACGAGACCAGAGUAUUCUUCAGGCAGAUUGUCUCAGCGCUGGCCUACGUCCACAGCCAGGGCUACGCACACAGGGACCUCAAACCGGAGAACCUGCUGAUAGAUGAGAACCACAACCUGAAACUCAUAGACUUUGGACUCUGUGCCAAACCCAAGGGAGGCCUGGGCUACGAGCUGAUGACGUGCUGUGGGAGUCCAGCCUACGCUGCCCCAGAGCUCAUCCAGGGGAAGGCCUACAUCGGCUCAGAGGCUGAUGUGUGGAGUAUGGGGGUGCUGCUGUUUGCUCUGCUGUGUGGCUACCUACCUUUUGAUGAUGACAACUGUAUGGUCCUCUACAGGAAAAUCACUAGAGGUAAAUUUGACAACCCUCAUUGGCUGUCUCCAGGCAGCGUUCAGUUACUCAAUCAGAUGAUGCAGGUGGAACCCAGGAGGCGUGUGACAGUGCAUGCGCUGCUGGAUCAUCCCUGGAUGGUGGCUGGCUAUGGCAGUCCUGUAGAGUGGCACAGCAAGCUGCCGCUGGGUCACAUAGAUGAGGACUGCAUCACUGAGAUGGCUGUCAACAUGAAGAGAUCCAGACAGAGUACCACCAAGCUGGUCAAAGAGUGGGCAUAUGACCAGACCACAGCCACCUACCUGCUGCUGCAGUCUAAGAAACAGAGAGGCAAGCCCAUCCGCCUGCGGCCCCCACCCCCUCUGACUGAGGUCACUUCCUGCUCCCCCCUGCACCAAGGCCUGCAGUCUCAGAAUAUUCUCCACUUCAGUGAGGAUGAUGACCAGGGCUCCGUGGACUUCAUUGACACCUACUAUGACGAUGACUGUCCAUGGAUGGCACUCACACCCCAGGGGGUCAGAGGUCGAGACACCGACAAUACGGACAUGAGAGCUGUCUCUCCUGCCGGGGACAGGAGGCGGGGUCAUGGACGGACCCCGGAGAAAGCUCAAAUCACGCCGCAUCGCCGGUGCGAACAGACCAAUGAAAACAAAGAGAACGUUGCUGUGGUUACCAAUAAGGAUGCAGACAUUUUUGCACAGCCUGCCCCUCGGACACCAGCGACCAAUAAGAAGAUUGCACGGCCCAAUAAGAAUAUCUUGAACACGCCCACUUCCAAUAACAACAAUAUUGGAGCGAAGACCACAGUAGACACACCCAAAGGAGGGGGCAAUGCUAAGGACCAGUCCAGGAAGAGAGGAGAAGAGCCCAAGGAGCCAGGAGACCUGGAAAUACUGGCCUUCAGCCCUGAACGGAGGUCCCGGUCCCUGGACAUGGCAGCGUCCCAGGGGGACAGCGGUCAGAAGAGACGGGGAGGGAGGGUGUUCGGCAGCCUGGAGAGAGGCCUGGACAAGGUCAUCACCAUGCUCACACCCAGCAAGAGACGCGCGCUCCGCGACGGCCCGCGCAAGAUCAAGGCCCAGUACAACGUGACACUGACCAGCCAAACCAACCCUGACCAGGUGCUCCACAACAUCCUCACCAUCCUGCCUGAAAAACACGUCGACUUCACCCAGAAAGGGUACACUCUGAAGUGCCGCACCCAGGGGGACUUUGGGAAGGUUACCAUGGCGUUUGAGCUGGAGGUGUGUCUGCUGCAGCGUCCUGAGGUGGUGGGCGUGAGACGCCAGAGGCUGAAGGGAGACGCCUGGGUCUACAAGCACCUGGUGGAGGACAUCCUGUCCAGCAUCUGACCUGAGCCCGGCUCUGUCUGCUCUUGUGUCAUACUCGAAUGCAUGGAUGUGUACAUCAGUGUUCUCUAGACAAACCUACAUAUCUAAUAGAACCCCCCCCCGACGCUUCACAUGACUAACACUGUAAAGAAAGUAGGACUCGUUUAAUGUCUUUUCGUUUUAUGUUUUUAAAAAUUGUACAUAAGUGAUAUUUUCCUAUCAUGUAUGUUACCGUGCUGUGGAUGUACAGUGUUUCUAUGUCUGUUGUAGUUUCUCUUUUUUAUUGAUAAUGUGUUGUAAAUUUAGGAAAAUUCAUAAUUCAGUGUCCACUGAGCUAUGUAUAGGUUUCAUGAACUGACAGUUUCAUGCAAGUCCAAAUGAAAUAAAAUUUAAACGUCUUUUCAUUAUA